GUGACUGGACUUGCUGUAGGCUUCUAAGGCCCCGCGGCGCUGCGGGUUCUAUUGGCAGAUAUCGGAGGGCGGAAGUGUAGCAGGGCUCGCUCCGACCUCCGUGCCGCUGCUUUCUGCGGCUGCGCGGGCUCUCGGGACUCCAGGCUCCCGCGCCUCUGCGGGACAGUGUAUCAAGCACCCUGCGCCGCUGCCCUGCCGGAGCCCGGGAUCCGAGCGUCUUCCUCGGUGCAGGAAGCGGGAGAAGGAGCUGGCGUUUCUGUUUGGCUUUGGGGGAAAGAGGAAUUUAGCCUAUAUGCACUGCUUUAACCACUGGAAGAAUGACAGAUGACAAAGAUGUGCUUCGAGAUGUCUGGUUUGGACGAAUUCCAACUUGCUUCACCCUGUAUCAGGAUGAGAUAACUGAACGGGAGGCAGAACCAUAUUAUUUGCUUUUGCCAAGAGUAAGUUAUUUGACGUUGGUAACUGACAAAGUGAAAAAGCACUUUCAGAAGGUUAUGAGACAAGAAGACAUUAGUGAGAUAUGGUUUGAAUAUGAAGGCACACCACUGAAAUGGCAUUAUCCAAUUGGUUUGUUAUUUGAUCUUCUUGCAUCAAGUUCAGCUCUUCCUUGGAACAUCACAGUGCAUUUUAAGAGUUUUCCAGAAAAAGACCUUCUGCACUGUCCAUCUAAGGAUGCAAUUGAAGCUCAUUUUAUGUCUUGUGUGAAGGAAGCUGAUGCAUUAAAGCAUAAAAGUCAAGUAAUCAAUGAAAUGCAGAAAAAAGAUCAUAAGCAGCUCUGGAUGGGAUUACAAAAUGACAGAUUUGAUCAAUUUUGGGCCAUCAACCGGAAACUCAUGGAAUAUCCUGCAGAAGAAAAUGGAUUUCGUUAUAUCCCUUUCAGAAUAUAUCAGACAACGACUGAACGACCUUUCAUUCAGAAGCUUUUCCGUCCUGUGGCUGCAGAUGGACAGUUGCACACCCUGGGUGAUCUCCUCAAGGACACUUGUCCUUCUGCAAUCACUCCUGAAGAUGGGGAAAAGAAGAAUCAAGUGCUGAUUCAUGGAAUUGAGCCAAUGUUGGAAACACCUCUGCAGUGGCUGAGUGAACACCUGAGCUACCCAGAUAAUUUUCUUCAUAUUAGUAUCAUCCCACAACCAACUGAUUGAAGGAUCAACUCUAUGCCUGAAUGGAAUGGCCCUUAAACAGGAUUUACCAGAGCAUGUCACCCUUCUGCUUCAAUCAGGUUUGGUGGAGGCAACCUGACCAGAAACACUACUGCAAGCCAAACAGGAAGAUGAUUCCAUGGGAGAUAAGGGCACUUGGGCUGGUCUUACUUUGCAUCACCACUGCUUUCCUCCACUGCCGUCAUUAAACCUCAGCUGCGGCGUGAAAGACUUCACAGGACCACUGCGAGUCUUCUGUUUUCUUGUAAAAUAUAAUGAAGCCGAAACCUUUGGCCUAAGAAGAAAAUGGAAAUAUGUGCCACUCGAUUUGUAUUUCUGAUUAACAAAUAAACAGGGGUAUUUCCUAAGGUGACCAUGAUUGAACUUUAGCUCGAGGGAGUGGAAACAUUGGUUUAAUUUUCUAAAGAAUUCGACUUAAGAAAGUAAAAGAGAAAUUCUGUUAUCAAUAACUUGCAGUAAUUUUUUGUAAAAGAUCCAGUUACAGUAAACCCAUCUUUCCUUAAUGAAAAUUUCCUAUGUUUACAGUCUGUCUAUUGGUAUGCAAACAAUCUUGUAACUUUGAUAAUGAACAGUGAGAGAUUUUUAAAUAAAGCCUCUAAAUAUGUUUUGUCAUUUAAUAGCA